AUGGACUACUCCUACUACAAUGCUCCCCAGUCACAGCCCUUCUCGCUCUACGGGCUGCCUACCCCAGACCAACAAUCGCAGGCGCAAGCCGACGCCCUCCCCGACUCUUUUCCUCUGAACAACUACGAUCAGAACUUUCCGGCCUUCGAUCCGUCGUUUCGUCUCAACCCCUCCUCGUCCUUGGUCCCGCCACCGCAUUCACCGCCUGACUCGUACACCAAACGUUCCGCGUCUAGCAGCGAGGCUGCCCAUAACCUGUCGACAGAUCCAACGUCGCUUGAUGGCGAUGGAACUCAGAUCGCUGAUCCCGGCGUGGGACGAAGUAGCAGCGAAGAGAAGGACUCGGGGACGCCGUCGCACACCAAGCGAAAGGCGCAAAAUCGAGCCGCUCAGCGAGCAUUCCGAGAGCGCAAAGAGCGCCAUAUGCGCGACCUAGAAGACAAAGUCGCCAACCUCGAAACACAGUCCAGCACCCUGCAAGCCGACAACGAACGGCUGAAACGCGAGCUCGCCCGAUAUGCCACAGAAAACGAAGUCCUGCGCGCCACAUCACAAACCCUCAACCAGAACAAUAAGAACGGCAGCGCCCCUGAGCGCACUGAACCCGCCAUCACCGGCCCGAUGGAGUACUCCCCGACAGACUUUACCUCCAAACUUGCGCCUGAGGGGUCGAAUGCCUCGGCGAGUCCGCACCAUCGCGUCACAGUGUGCCAGGUCACCGGCGAGAAGCUCUUGGAUUCUGGCGCAACGUGGGAUUUGAUCCAGGGUCAUGAUUUGUUCAAGCAAGGCCGCGUCGAUAUCGGCGAUGUGACCGAGCGGCUCAAGGGCAUGGCGCAGUGCAAUGGGCAGGGCCCUGCAUUUAAGGAGAACCAGGUGCGCCAGGCCAUUGAGGCGAGUGCUGCGGCGGGGCGUGAUGAAUUGAUCUGA